CGAAGGAACAACAACUACAGUUUUACAUAAUAUAACAUAAAUCAUAGCAAUGUAUCUUUCUUCAAUAAGUUCACGGCUCUUGUUGCACGACAUUAACAGUUGGGAUCUCAAAAAAUCUUACGGGUGUUAUGAUGGCAUCCUGAGACAUAUAUCUUGGAGCGAUGACAGCAAAUAUAUUUUGCAGGUAAAUUCCAAAGGUCUCGUUGAGAUAUUGAGUCCCGCUGACCACGAUUUACGAAGUUUGCAACAUGUACCACUUAAGGACACAUGGUCAGCCAGUUUCCAUCGUGAUGGUCAUCGCAACGUUGCCAUCGGCACCAAGAGUGGUAAUGUAUUGAUCUGGGAUACCAAAAACAAAACCAUCACCAAGACCUUUCCUAGUCCAGUCCAACAAUCUAGCGUGGAUUAUAUUAGCUACAAUGCAAAAAAUGCAAGUUUGGCCGCAACCAUGCAUAAUGGGGAUACUGUUAUUUAUGGACUGGUCUCCAAUAUACCAGUGCUUACUGUGAAACUGCCCUGUUCCAAAAGCAUCUCAGCAAUGAAAUUCCACCAUGAAUCACGUGCUUUGUUGGGUUUGGCUACAGAUGAAGGCCACCUUGUAUUGAGAGACAUCACUACAAACAAGGAUAAAUGUUUUUUUGAAAGUGUUCACACUGCACCAGUCAGUGAUUUUGCUUACUCUCAGGUUAACAAAGAUGUCAUGUUAUCAUCCGGAUUUGAUAAAGUGAUGCAUGUAUAUGAUAUAAGACUGCAAAAUGUUGUUUCCACCGUUCGGACGUCCUACACUUUGACUUCAUUGGCUAUAAACACAGAUAACUUGGUAGCUCUUAGUUCAAAGAAUGGAGUUAUAUUAGUCUAUGAUUUGAGAAACCUCUCUAAUCCAUUCAAAGUUUUAAGCGAGCAUGAGGAGGAAGUGAGGAUAGUUGCAUUCCAACCUGAAAGGAGAAGAACAUUUUCUACGGAAAUUAGUUUAAGAGAUGAUACUGACGUUCAUCAGUCACCCUAUACUACACAUACACCGACGCGUGAGAGAAAUUCGGACAUGUUUUACAUAGCUAACACACCUCCAAGCAAAAACUUGGAUGUCUCAGGUCAUGGAGAAAGAGCUGACUCGUUUCUUGUUAUGAUGGGUCUAGAUAAAUGUAACAAUGCUCUGGAUGAAGAAAGGAAAUCUGUAGGUUUUGAGAAAACUGAGAAGCCGAACAGUGACCAGGUGGGAGUAUGCUAUCCUUGCGAUCCAGACAAAAAUAUAAGUAAAGUGUCAACACCUCUGAACAAUAAGCCAGCAGAAAAUUUUAGUUUUCAAUCACCAAUAUUCUCCACAAAUGGUGUGCAUGAUGAUGGUCGAGACACGCAUAUAGCAGAUGAUUUCAAUCGGGCCAGUAACAAUCAACAGCCAAUGAGCACUUAUGGUAAUAACAUCGAUACAAAAGCUGUAGAAGAAUUGAAAGAUUUUGUUAAGUUAACCAUGGCAGAUGUCGCUGACGAUAACAGAAAUUAUUUUCUUCACAUCAUGAUGGCAUUGACAAAGCAGAAACUGUUUUUGGAGAAACAGUUAACGGGAAUGAAUGAGCAAAUAAAAGCUUUGAUUCAGAACCAAUCGGCCCUUGUAGAAACUAACAGAAAACUUGCUUUUGAAAUUGAUCAGUUGAAAUCACCAAAACAUGUCUAUAGAAUUCAAAGUUAAACAUGCCCCAUACUGUCGUUAUGAAAUACACUGUAAAAAUUCUAGGUCAUAUUUGCAAAAAAAAACAGUGCCAAAUAAUUGUUG